AUGCUGACACAAGUCCCUGAGGAACCAUGGGCAACGGUCUGCGCGGAUUUUGUGAGGCCCCUGCCAAGAUCGAAGCACGGUAACCAAAUGUUGUUGGUGCUAAUCGACCGUUUCUCAAAAUGGACAGAAUUGGUGCCAUUACGAACCGCUACAGCAGAAACCCUGCAAAAGGCGUUUAAAGAACGAAUAAUCGCUCGAUUCGGAGUUCCAAAAGUGGUGAUUACGGAAAACGGGGUGCAGUUUGCCAGUCGGGCAUUUAAGAAGUUUCUUCACGACAUGGGAAUAAAACAACAAUUCAAGGCACCAUACACUCCUCAAGAAAAUCCCACCGAGCGCGCGAACCGAACCGUAAAAAAAAAGGCAGCGCAGGAUCAAGCCAGGCACUACAACCUCAGAAGGAGACAGUGGAAUCCACGAGUCGGCGAUGUCGUUUGGGCCAAGGAGCACCAUUUGUCUGAAGCGGCAGUAGUCUUCGCGGCCAAACUAGCGCCGAGAUAUGAUGGUCCAUAUCAGGUAGUCGAUUUUGUAUCCCCCGUAAUCUGCAAAAUUCGCCACCAAAGAAGCAAGAAGGAACGCACAGUCCACAUCAGCGACCUAAAGCAGCAGGAAAAGGCACACGAAGCGGACGAGGACGGAGAUACGGGCAGGUCUCAAGCAGUAGAAGAAAAGGAACGGGAAAUUGGACAAACAGAAGACAUAUCGUUUAAUCGUCAAGCGAAUGCAGAACCACCAGUGUCCAAAACCGCAUGGGACAGUAGCAACCGUUUAAUCGUCAGUCCAAAACCGGAGUCAACGGAGCACGCCACAAACGAGCAAGGACUCAGACAUGCCAGCACACACCUAAGUCAACGACGAAUAAAGGAUCGGGAUUGCGAGAAUCCGUUUAAUCGUCAGGACAAAGCCGGAGUCAACGGAAAGGGGAUGCCAAAACCGGAGUCAACGGAGCACGCCGCAAACGAGCAAGGACUCUGA